UUGUAAAUGAGCCUUAGUUAGCUCAACACUCGCGAUAAAACAUUCGAGUGUAUACUGGUAAAUUGGCAAAGUCGGUUACCUUAAUAAGUACUUACACAGUUCAGUUGAAUAUGAGAAAUGAAGCUAUUUGGAUUACUAUUUAUCAUGUUUUGUUCUACUUGGACAGGUUCAACCGAUAUUUAUCAAUCGAUUGAUUGCCCAUGUGACUAUAAUACAAUCAUUAACUCAUCGGAUUUAAAAUGUUUACGAGUUAUUUAUAUCGAUGGAAAAGAAUUGAAGUCAGCAAAAAAGUGCAUAGAUGCCUCAAUCGAUGAAAAUGCUUGUGAUAACUAUAAAGAGAAAUAUUCACAAAUAAUUUUCUGCAGCUUUCUUACUAAAACCAAAACUAAGAGAAAUAUCCAUCUGCAACACCCCAUUUUGCCGGAAAUAAUAAAUAAUUUCAUCACUAACGAAUCCACGGAUACCGAAGAACCAUCAACAACAACAAUCGGGUCCACUACUGAUGAAACUACGGUAACCGAAGAACCAUCAACAACAACAAUCGGCUCCACCACUGAUGAAACCAUUGUCACUGAAGAACCAUCAACAACUCCAGAUGAAUCAACUACUGAUGAAACUACAGUAACCGAAGAACCAUCAACAACAACCAUCGGCUCCACCACUGAUGAAACCACUGUCACUGAAGAACCAUCAACAAUUCCAGGUGGAUCCACUACUGAUGAAACUACGGUAACCGAAGAACCAUCAACAACAACAAUCGGCUCCACCACUGAUGAAACCACUGUCACUGAAGAACCAUCAACAACUCCAGGUGAAUCAACUACUGAUGAAACUACGGUAACCGAAGAACCUUCAACAACAACAAUCGGCUCAACCACUGAUGAAACCACUGGCACUGAAGAAUCAUCAACAAGUCCAGGUGAAUCAACUACUGGUGAAACUACGGAGACCGAAGAACCUUCAACAACAACAAUCGGCUCCACCACUGAUGAAACCACUGUCACUGAAGAACCAUCAACAACUCCAGGUGAAUCAACUACUGGUGAAACUACAGUAACCGAAGAACCUUCAACAACUCCAGGUGAAUCCACUACUGAUGAAACUACGGUAACCGAAGAACCAUCAACAACAACAAUCGGCUCCACCACUGAUAAAACCACAGUCACUGAAGAACCAUCAACAAUUCCAGGUGAAUCAACUACUGAUCAAACUACGGUAACCGAAGAACCAUCAACAACUCCAGGUGAAUCCACUACUGAUCAAACUACAGUAACAAUCACAACAACAGCAAUCGGCUCCACCACUGAUGAAACCACUGUCGCUGAAGAACCAUCAACAACUCCAGGUGAAUCAACUACUGUUGAAACUACGGUAACCGAAAAACCAUCAACCACAACAAUCGGGUCCACCACUGACGAAACCACGGUUACCAAGAAACCAUCAACAACACCGCGUGACACCACCACUGAUGAAACCACAGUUACCAAGGAAACAUCAACAACACCGCGUGACACCACCACUGAUGAAACCACAGUUACCAAGGAAACAUCAACAACACCGCGUGACACCACCACUGAUAAAACCACAGUUACCAAAGUGCCGUCAACAACACCAAGCGGGUCUACUUCAAGCAAAUCCACAGAGACGACAGAGACCGCAACAACGCCUGGUGAAACUACUGCUACAAUUACCAAUCCUGUUGUUACGACUCCUACCGAAGCUACACCACAAAGUAGUCCAAAAACAUCUACUAGUGCGCCGUCGAGUACCAGUGCAGCCACUACUUCGGCAGGAAGUCGUCCUCCUAGAACAACCGCGUUGCCAUCCAAUGACGUAGGAAGUGUUGUACCAAAUAUAUUUACAAUUUUCGGUUGUGCUGUUAUUGUAUUUUUGAAAUUCGCGUAGGUUAAUCUUAAUGGUGAGUUAUUUUAGGAACUCUAAGGAUUGUGAUAUUAAAAUAAGCUGGCCAGGUACAUAGGUAGCAAACAACGGAACCGUUGAAAUUUGCCAGUUACAAUUAACUUUUUUGUCCCAUUAAAGCGUUUCCGCAUUUAAGGGAAACUCACUGCAUAAUUUUCAUCAGCUUAGUUUUAGUUUUGGGUUGCUUAAAGCAAUUGAAUGAAAAUUAAUUUUUAAUGAUGAAAUUUUAUUCUAAUUUUGAUUGCUUUUUAUAUUUAUUUAUUUAUCUGUUGUAUGCGAUAUUGCUUUCAGAAUUUCCUGCUAUAACAUUUCUACUAACCCUUAAUUGAGUGGACCAGUGCGUCUUUAUAUUUGAGAGUAUUUUCAACAGAAAAUAUUGUACCGUGGAUGGCCGAGUAUUAAACUCUUUCUUCAGCU